AUGUCAUCAUUCGAAAAUCUUCAUGGGCGCCUGGCCAACGGAGGCGAUCCUCCCAAGAGACCUCUCCGCAUUGCGGGAGCCUCUGGAGGAGUCUUUGAUCGGUUCCGAUCGCUCCAAGAUCUCUCUGCCGACCCCGAAAUCGACGUCAUCAUCGGCGACUGGCUGGGAGAACUCAACAUGACCCAUCGUGCGGCUCAAAAGGCCCACCAAAACGCCAAAGGCACCACCUCGUCGGGAGCUGGGUCGUACGAGGUCAUCUUUGUCGACUGUCUACGCCCGGCCUUGAAGAACAUCGCAAAGAAUAGGCAGAAGGUCUGCAGCAAUGCUGGCGUCACUGACGCAGAGGGACUCGCCAAGGUCGUCGUGCAGAUGUGUCAGGAGCAAGGCGUGGACCUCAAAGUCUCUUGGAUCGAGGGAGACGACGUGACCGACGCAGCCCUGAAAAUGGUCUCGGCGGGAGAAGAGUUUGCCAGCUUACCCAGCGACACGAAGCUUUCGGACUGGGGCCACGAGCCCAUCUUUGCCCAGUGCUAUCUCGGCGCGGUUGGGAUCGCAGAGGCGUUUCGCGCUGGCGCCGACAUCGUCCUCUGCGGACGUGUGGCCGAUGCCUCUCCUUGCGUCGGGGCGGCCAUGUGGUGGCACAACUGGAAAACAGACCAAUACACGGAACUGGCCCACGCCCUGGUCGCCGGCCACCUCAUCGAAUGCAGCAACUACGUCACCGGAGGCUACUACAGUGGGUUUAAGAAGGAAGUCCUCGACGCCUGUCAAGACAUGGGGUUCCCAAUCGCCGAAAUCGAAGCGAAUGGCGAGUUCAACGUCACCAAGGAGAAGAACAAGCAGGGAAUCGUGACCCCGGGAAGCUGCAUCUCGCAGCUCCUGUACGAGAUCCAAGGGCCCUUGUAUUACAAUUCGGACGUCACGGCUCAGAUCGAUCUGAUCAGAAUGGACAGUGUCGGCGAGGCCAGGGUCCACGUUUCCAACGUGAUAGGACACCCACCGCCUCCCACCACCAAGGUUGGAUUUACCGCGGUAGGAGGAUACUCGGCCGAGUUCCACUACUUCCUGACGGGGCUGGACAUUGAAGAGAAGGCCAAGAUGGUGGAGGUGCAGACACUCGCUUCCAUGGGCGAAUACCGCAAAGAAUUCCACACGCUGACCUUUACCGUCACGGGGUACUCGCGCCCGAAUCCCAGGAACCUGAACGAGGCCACGGUCGACCUGCGCAUCUUUGCCCAGACCCGAAACCCGGACAUCAUAUCGGCGGGGAAGAACGUGGUGGUGAAGCCCGAGACGCCGUGUUUUGCCCGAUGGUGCCUGGAGAACUGCCUCCAGGGGUAUCCGGGGUCGACCAUGGCUCUCGACAUGCGACAGGCCAUGGGCCGCCCCUAUUUCGAGUACUGGGCCACGCUGAUUCCGCAGUCCGUCGUGGAUCACAAAGUCCACCACUUCUCCGGCGCUGUCCAGAGUAUUUCCGCCCCGGCUGUCACGAAGGAGUAUCCUCGACACCAAGACUCGUACGACACGGCGAAUCCGCUCCCCGCGGACUCGUGGGGUCCCGUGGUCUCUGCUCCCCUGGGACACAUUGUCAUGGGUCGCUCCGGAGACAAAUCGUCAGACUGCAACGUGGGCCUGUUCGUUCGACACGCCGACGAAUGGGACUGGCUGCGCUCGACGUUGUCGAUCCAAAAGACCCAAGAGCUGCUCGAGCAGGACUACAAGGGAGGCCGCAUCGACCGCUUCGAGUUCCCCAACAUCUUUGCCGUCCACUUCUUGCUGAGGGAUCACCUGGACCGAGGGUGCAACGCCUCGUCGAGCUACGACACGCUGGGGAAACUUUGUUGCGAGUACCUGAGAGCAAAGUAUGUUGACAUACCCGUCAAGUUUUUGGAUCGAGGCAUCAUCUAG